CCUUUCCAGAUUCACGACGAUGAAUAAUCCAAGGGCGAUUAUCUUGCCACGUGUACGGGUUUGGUCCUCAUCUUCCAAUCAACGGCCGAGGUUUAGUUAAGUUAGUAGCCAAUUAGACUCGCCUCAAAUAUUAGCCCAGCAUUUUCACACAAACCAACUUCAGCCACAAGAUAACAACAACUUUCUGAAGAUCGAUCGGAUAAAAAAUGGCGGAGAAGAGCUUCAAGUACAUCAUCCUCGGCGGCGGCGUCUCAGCCGGAUACGCAGCUAAGGAGUUUGCUAGUCAAGGAGUUAAACCAGGGGAAUUGGCAGUUAUCUCCAAAGAGGCGGUGGCUCCUUAUGAACGUCCUGCUCUUAGCAAGGGCUAUUUGUUUCCUGAAGGGGCGGCUAGACUCCCAGGUUUCCAUUGCUGUGUUGGUAGUGGUGGAGAAAAACUGCUUCCUGAAUCAUACAAACAGAAAGGGAUUGAGUUGAUACUAAGCACGGAGAUAGUGAAAGCAGAUCUCGCUGCCAAGAGUCUUGUCAGUGCAGCUGGGGAUGUCUUCAAAUAUGAGACUCUCAUAAUUGCAACUGGCUCUACUGUUCUGAGAUUGACUGAUUUUGGUGUGAAAGGUGCUGACUCUAAGAAUAUCCUCUAUCUGAGGGAGAUUGAUGAUGCAGACAAAGUGGUUGAAGCUAUUCAAGCAAAGAAAGGUGGAAAGGCUGUGGUUGUUGGUGGAGGCUACAUUGGUCUUGAGCUUAGUGCAGCUUUAAGGAUCAACAAUUUUGAUGUCACUAUGGUUUUCCCUGAACCCUGGUGCAUGCCUAGGCUUUUCACCGCCGACAUUGCUGCGUUCUAUGAGACUUACUAUACAAACAAGGGAGUGAAGAUCAUUAAAGGAACUGUGGCAUCUGGGUUCACAGCACAUCCAAAUGGAGAGGUGAAUGAAGUACAACUCAAGGAUGGAAGGUCGCUAGAAGCCGACAUUGUGAUAGUUGGAGUUGGUGCAAAACCAUUAACAGCCUUAUUCAAGGGACAGGUCGAAGAAGACAAAGGUGGAAUCAAGACCGAUGCAUUCUUCAAAACAAGUGUUCCUGAUGUUUACGCUGUUGGUGACGUUGCCACUUUCCCCUUGAAAAUGUAUGGAGACAUGAGAAGGGUCGAGCAUGUUGACCAUUCUCGCAAAUCCGCAGAGCAAGCUGUUAAGGCGAUCAAAGCGGCUGAGGGAGGCGGAGCGGUGGAGGAAUACGACUACCUCCCAUUCUUCUACUCCCGCUCGUUUGAUCUCUCAUGGCAGUUCUAUGGAGACAACGUAGGAGACUCUGUCUUGUUUGGAGACAGCAAUCCAUCAAACCCGAAACCAAGAUUUGGAGCGUAUUGGGUUCAAGAUGGUAAAGUGGUUGGAGCAUUCAUGGAAGGAGGUAGUGGUGACGAGAACAAAGCCUUGGCGAAAGUGGCCAAAGCUAGACCUGCUGCAGAGAGCCUCGAGGAUCUUACCAAACAAGGCAUCUCAUUUGCUGCUAAGAUCUGAGGAGAAGAAAGAUGGGAGAGUUUAAACUUUUUUUCUAUUCUAUUACAAUAAAAGAUUAUGUUAAGCAAUGUGCUUGCACGUACAUAUGCUGAAAUAAGUUGGGUGUUUGAAUGAAACCUGAUUGGAUACUUGUAAACGCUAUUCAUCAAACUAGAUAAUGCGAUUUUAUAUUGACUGUGGCA